AUGUUUCGAUCUGCCGCAACCAAGCUUGCGCAUAACUCAACGAUACCUGCACUUGCAGGGAACAAAGAGCUCAGGCCGUUGCAAGACCUCAUUACUGCGGAAAAGGGAUGCAUGGUCUCAUUGCAGAACUUAAGCGGCGAGUUCGGGAAGGCCGCUGAAGCGCUGCGCGUCUGGGGGGCAGGCGAGGGCGACGAUCUCGGAGACACAUUGACGUCGUGUACAACGCUCCUCAUCGCUGUGUCUAAUUCCAUCGCUACAUACGCUUCGGCCCACAAUGUUAUUCGGGCGUCCAUGAAAUCAAUACGGUCUGCUGAAGAGACCCUUGACGAAUUGAAGCGACGCCGUAGAGCCCUAUAUGUUAAAGCGGAAUCUGCGGAGCGAAAGCUCAGUAAGAUGAGCCCGGAGAACAAGAGCCUGCAAGUACAAACGGACCUUCUGAAUCGCCUGCGGGGGGAGAUCAGAGUGGUCGAGGGAGAGAUCUUGGAAGGAGAGAGCCGACUCGGGGAUGAUAAGCGUCGCUCGGUAAGGAUGUGGAUGGGAGUCAAGUGGACUGGAUUGGGUGAGCUCUGUGAGAAAGGGCUGAUCGCAGCUGAGUACGGGAGGUCCAUCAUCGCGGAAAUCCCCGAAGCCAGUACACCACCGGGUAUGCCUCGCGUAGCUUACUAUGGUCACCAAAAGACUCAGACUCUCGUUGCCGACGCUCAGCGUGGUAUGGAAGGAGUUGGCGCCCCAGGAUCCAACUUCUCGCGUUCAUCAGUCACUCGAGACGACGGCCGAUCAAGCACUCAACUUCCCCCUUUACCGCCCUUAGGCGACUCGAUUUAUCCUCAGGAUGUCCCUCAAAGUCCUCAGGCUACUCUCAACUCUCUGGAUGUUCCCCGGUCUGUUGCAGGGCUUUCGGGCCCAGAUACAUCGUAUUCCCCCGCCGUGGAACAUAAUUAUAAUCAGAGCUUCAAUUCAAGCUUCGCGCAAUACAGCGGGGAGCCGUCAUCUCCAAUUCAUCACCCUACGCCCCAUGGUCCUCAGCCUCCUUUUUCUUACCCAAUGCCGACACCUCAGGCCAAUUACCCGUCGGGACCCCCUCUAGGCUCUUCCAAUGCAUCUGCAUCCAGGUUCGAGUCCAGCAUCGAGCCAAGUCUGGGCACUGGUCAUUUCAUGGAUGCCUCUGAUUUCAGUGGAAUAGGCUCAGGAUAUUCCAUGUCGAACCAGCGCAGUAAUAGUGUGGACGACUUCGGUGUCAAUUUCAGCGGUCCAACGCAAACUAACGCACCUGGCGGUGGUAGAUUUGCUACAUUCCCAGUGAAAUCGAGGGCUGCUGCUGCUGCCCCUGCUCACGAAGAGCCCCCUUCCGAGGAUUCGUCCAUGCUCACCGCUUGGGACGCACAGAAAGACCUGUACGGUUCAUCUGGCGGGAAGAGAGCGAGCAUGGUGUCUGACGUUAGUAGCGUUGGAUUAGCGUAUGAUCGCGGUGACGUACGUGCUACGCCUCCGCCAGAAGGCCAAGGAUCAGAUAGGCAUGUUCGGUUUGGUGCAGUAAGCGAUGUAGACGAAGAAAUGGUGAAGCGUCACCAGCAACAACAGGAAGAACAUGACGAAGCUACUCCAACCCCUCCGGCUCAAUCACCGCCAGCUGUAUCGACGUCGUUUAGUAACACAAACGCCCCACCAGUACCACCAGCGACGUCCGAUCAAAACACACUCAGGUCCCCCGUUGGACCUCCUCCUGCAUAUCAAGAUGACAAUCCGUCCCAAGAUCGCCUUCCCUCCCCCGCCAGAGACACCCAAGAAGAAGAGAGAGAACUGAACGCUGCAGCAGCCAGAGAAGUCAGUCGCGAAUUCGAUUCACUCACGUUUAGCCCGCCAGGACGUCAAAGCAACUUUGGUUCGACUGGACGGGAUUCCCCCCUUUCCUUCGACCGAGCCAGGGAGGCUGCCAAUGCCCCAGCCGAUUCCUCGCCGCUCGCCGCCCCACAGCCUGGAUUUGCUGGACGAGAACGCUCAGUUUCUCCGAUGCCCCAAAGGGCUUCACCGGUGCCCCAACGGCGACCGACACUCGAUGUGAAUGUCAAUGUUCAACAACCGACGCCAAUGUCUUCCCCAUUUGCGCAAAAUCGCGCUUCCCCUGUUGCAGCAACUUCUAGCCCGUUAGCGUCGACGCCUCUCGAAACGGCAGCGCCGCCAGUUUCUGCACUUAGCAUUCCAACGCGAGAGACCUCAGAUUCGCGCUCAGCCUCACCGCUGUCCAACGCCUAUCGGACGCCCCCAGAAUACUACAGUCCACGUCUAGGUUCUUCACGUUCGACGUCCGGCUCUGUAAGCAGCGGCAGUGCACUGCCUUCUCCAAUUCCGGGCACCAAGACAAUCAGUGCCGCUGCAUUUCGACGACCGCCCCCAAGAAAACUCAGCGGCGAUUUGCUAGGCAGUCCCCCGUUCAGUGGUGGGAUCGGCGCGAAUACUAUGCCGGGUCUCGCAGACACUACUCCGUUGGUACUGAAGAAACGGCUACCAAACGCACCUCAGCCCGACGGGAACAUGAACACACCAAGCCCUCCACCCACCAACCGAGACGUUCCCCAGCAACAACAAACAUCUCCGCGCCCUCCUACCUCUGGUGGUGCAGAAGAAUACGACCAAUUUGACUACAUUAGCGCUUACGCCAACAAUUCUGGCGAUGGUGCUGGCAGUCCACGCGCUGACUUUGGGAAGCUGGGCAAAAGCGGCGGACGGGAAGGAGACGCUGUCAUGCAUCCGCCUCCUGGAGGCUACGACCGAGGAAGAUUUGCGACGAAUACAGAAGGGGGUGCAGGCCUGAGAUGA